CUGGGACACGUGAUGUAGCUGUCUGCUGUUUGACUUGUCAUUCCUCUCCAAAGAGUUAAGAAAAUGAUAACUGAUUCAGAAGAGAUUGCUGGGAUCUACCAAGAAAUCAGCAAAUUCCCAACUCCACUGAAAGGCUGCAUUGGACCACAAGCUACUUUGAAGCACGGGGGAAAAUACUGUAACAUCUACUCAGAAUGGUCCCAGAGAGAUCUGGAGCGAGCUGAGUGGAUGAAGUUGUGUCGAGGGUAUGUUGUUUUCUAUGAUGAAAAUUCCAUUGCAUACGCUGGCCCUUCAGGAAGAUGUACGGAAUUACAGGGCGAAUUGAUGAAUAGAGAUUCGCCUUCUGGCACUCGGAAAGCUGUCCUCAGGAGGCAUACCAAUAAUAAGGGGGAAGAAAAGCAAUAUCUGGAGAUCUGGAGCAAAACCUCAAAGGACAAGUGCAUAAACCUGACAGUACUUGACAAGCAUGGCAAAGUGUAUGAAGAUGAUCAAUUUGGCUGUCUUGUUUGGUCUCACUCUGAAACUCACAUUCUAUAUGUGGCUGAAAAGAAAAGACCCAAAGUGCAAUCCUUCUUCAAAACUAAACCAGAGCUCAGUAUUGAAGAAAAGGAUGACAGCAUCAAUGACGCAGAAAAUGAUCAGAAACCUCAGGCAGAUCAAUUUCUGUACUUGGAGGACUGGGGUGAAGGUCUGGUGAAUCAGAGCACCCCAGUGCUGUGCAUAUUGGAUAUCGAGACUGGAAACAUUUCUGAGCUUCAGGGGAUUCCUGAACACAUUUCCCCUGGGCAGGCGAUCUGGACCCCUACAGACAGUGGCAUCAUAUUUGUUGGCUGGUGGCACAUACCCUGGCGAUUGGGUUUGAAAUACUGCACCAACCGGAAAUCAGUGCUGUACUAUGUGGACCUAAAGGGGAACGAAUGUUCACAAAUUUCUUCAGGAGUACAUACUGUGCGUUCUCCACGCCUUAGUCUUGACCAUCGUUAUUUAAUUUACCUGGAGGGUGGUGAUGUUAGGACCCACCAUCAGUGUCACAGCUUAUCCUUGUAUAAUUUGGACAAAAAAACAACAACAACUGUGGUGAAGGUUGUGGAUUAUCCAACUGUGGAUGGAUUUACUGGCAUUUACUGCUCUGACCUGGCGCUGAACUGCUGGGCAAGGGAUAGCCAAAGGGUCGUGAUUGACACAGCUCAGAGAAGCAGAAAGGAUCUGAUUGUGGUAAACAUUGCAACAGGAAUUGUGACAACACUCACUACUGAUUCAGAGGUUGGGAGCUGGAUGCUGCUGGACAUUCAACACGACUUGAUGGUAGUUUGUUGUUCAUCCCCUAACUGUCCGCCCACUUUGAAAGUAGGUUUCUUGCCAGCUGAAGGCCAAGAGGAGCGGAUUACUUGGGUGGCACUGGAUGAAACUGAGCCAUUGUCAAGAAUAGAGUGGAAAAUCCUGACUUUGACCCCUCCACCUGAACAGACACAUACCAAUUUCCCUGGCCUCCAGUUUGAAAGCAUCCUGCUCAUACCUGGAAAGAAUAAGAAUGUCAAACCUCCACUUAUUGUAAUUCCACAUGGAGGACCUAACUCGAUCUUUGUUGCCAGUUGGAUGUUGCUGCAUAUUGUUUUUUGUAAGCUAGGAUAUGCAGUACUGCUUGUGAACUACAGAGGAUCAAGUGGCUUUGGACAAGACAGUAUUCGCUCACUGACUGGUAACAUAGGAAUCCAAGAUGUGAAAGAUGUACAGUACGCUGCUGAAAGUCUGUUAAAAGAAGGGGUUGUGGACUCUCAGAAGGUGUUGCUGAUUGGUGGCUCUCACGGAGGCUUUAUUGGCUGUCAUCUGAUUAGCCAAUAUCCUGGUUUCUACAAGGCCUUUGCCACAAGGAAUCCUGUCAUUAAUCUUGCUUCCAAGCUGGGGACAACAGACAUUCCUGACCAUACCAUGGUGCAGGCUGGCUUUGAUUUUGCCCUGGACCAAUUGCCAACUCCUUCUGUACUGACAGCUCUGUUGAGCAAAUCACCUAUCACAAAUGCAUCUCGGGUGACAACUCCAGUUCUGAUUUUGUUAGGUGAAAAAGACAAACGGGUUCACCCAUCGCAAGGCCUUGAGCUGUAUCGUGCACUGAAAGUCAGAGAUGUUCCUGUGCGGUUAUUAUGGUAUCCUGACGACAGCCACUCGCUCUCUAAAGUUGGCACAGAAGUUGAUGUUUUCAUGAAUAUUGCUUUGUGGUUUAACUUUGCACUGGGUAUAACUAAAGCAGCUUGAGACA